GGAUACGGACCUGCCUGGGUGCAUGGAUCCACCCAGGGCCACGAGGGACGUGUGGGCUGGGCUACCACGGGGCCGGGCAAAGUGCGAGGCAGGUGUGGCAGGAGACAGCCACAGACAGGGCCAUGGGGCUCUGCAGUGUGACCAUCCUGCUGGGCACUGCCCUCCUCCUGCUGGCACCAGGCAGCACCCAGGCUGUGAGCAGCUCCUGGUGGAAGAAUCUGGCCACGGAGCAGGAUUUGGCUGCGGAAAUCAUCCUGGGCGUAGGAGCCAUUGAGCCACCGGAGGAGGGUGAACCAGGUAUAAAGGUCUUCUCCAGCAGUGCCUGGGCUCCAAGGGGCCCACCCCAAGUCCAGGCAAAACGAGAAGAGGAUCGUGGCCACAUCCACCACCCCCAAGAUGAUGCUAGGGAGGCAAAUGCCCGUGUGCCGUUCUGGAUGCUGGCCCUGGAGGUGCAGAAUGGCCCAGAGGAGGAUCGUGACCAUCUCUACCACCCCCAGGAUGAUGCCAGGGAGGCUGACACUUACAGGCCACCCCGGAUGCUGUCCCUGGAGGUGCAGAAUGACCCGGAGGAAGACCGUGACCACAUCUACCACAGCUGAGUGGAGAUUUGCCCAAGCUGUGAAAUGAGGGAUGGGAAAUGCCCCUGGGCCUUCCUGGGGAAAUUCACCCCUUCCUACCCAGCC